CUCUCUCUUCAUCUCUCUCUUCAUCUCUCCCUUCUUUCUAGAGAGAGAAAGCUCCCGUCUUUAUUCUUCCCUUCUUCCCCGCCGUCGAUUCCUGCUGAAUCACUAAACCCUAAUCGAACCCUUUCCUAGCAUCCUCCUCAAAUUUCCUGGUUUGCUAACGCUUUAGGGUUGUCUCUUUCUCUUUUUCUUUUCUUUUUUUCUUUUUUACCUUCUUUGUAAGCAGUUAUAUAUAAUUUUAAUUCAGAUAGGCAAUAGAGAAAUCUAGGGUUUGUAUAUUUUUUUCAGUGAUGGAGCCUCGUGUGGCAAAUAAGUAUCGACUUGGUCGGAAGAUCGGCAGUGGAUCCUUCGGAGAGAUUUAUCUGGGUACUAAUAUACAGACGAACGAGGAGGUUGCCAUUAAGCUGGAAAAUGUGAAGACAAAGCAUCCGCAGUUGCUGUAUGAAUCAAAAUUAUAUAAGAUAUUACAAGGAGGAACUGGAAUCCCCAAUGUGAAGUGGUUUGGUGUUGAAGGGGACUAUAAUGUCCUUGUUAUGGAUUUGCUUGGGCCUAGCCUUGAGGAUUUGUUCAACUUCUGCAGUAGGAAACUGUCUCUGAAGACUGUCCUUAUGCUUGCUGAUCAGAUGAUAAAUAGAGUUGAAUUUGUUCAUUCCAAAUCAUUUCUACAUCGAGAUAUCAAGCCAGACAACUUCCUCAUGGGCUUAGGAAGGCGUGCAAACCAGGUCUACGUCAUUGAUUUUGGUCUGGCUAAGAAGUACAGAGAUGCCACAACACAUCAGCAUAUUCCUUAUAGAGAAAAUAAGAAUUUGACAGGAACUGCAAGAUAUGCAAGCAUGAAUACUCACCUUGGGAUUGAACAAAGCCGUAGGGAUGAUCUAGAAUCACUUGGAUAUGUCCUUAUGUACUUCUUGAGGGGAAGUCUUCCCUGGCAGGGUCUAAAAGCAGGAACAAAGAAGCAAAAGUAUGAGAAGAUUAGUGAAAAGAAAGUAUCAACUUCUAUUGAGGCACUGUGUCGAGGUUAUCCUACAGAAUUUGCAUCCUACUUCCAUUACUGCCGGUCUCUUCGUUUUGAUGAUAAACCAGAUUAUGCUUAUCUGAAGCGCCUAUUCCGUGACCUUUUUAUUCGCGAAGGUUUCCAGUUUGAUUAUGUGUUUGAUUGGACAAUUUUGAAGUAUCAGCAAUCCCAAAUUGCCUCUCCUGCUCCCCGUGCACUUGGUGCAGGACCAAGCUCUGGCAUGCCCCCUACUGGUGCCAUUGUGGAUAGGCAAUCAGCUGCAGAAGAAGGGAGACCUACUGGUUGGUCUUCCACAGAUCCCUCUCGUAGAAGGCACUCUGGACCAAUUGUAAAUUCUGGAAGCUUAGGUAAACAAAAAGGUCCAGUGGCAAACGAUCCUCCCCUUGCUAAAGAUGUGGUAUCUAGUUCCAGUUUUUUGAGGUCAACUGGAUCUUCAAGGCGAGCUGUUGUCUCUAGCAGUCGUGAUCCAGUAAUAAUGGCAACUGAGUCAGACCCACCUCUCACCCGCAUCACUGAUGCUAGCCCAGGAACACUCCAGAAAAUCUCUAGUGGACAAAGAAGCUCGCCUGUACUAUCAUCAGAGAACAAACACUCAUCUUCUGGUAGGAACACAUCAAACAUAAAGAAUUUCGAGUCCACUCUCAGGGGGAUUGAAAGUCUGCAAUUUCAAUAAUGAUGAGAGGUACUAUUAGAAGACAAUGGCCUCAAAUUCUUGUCCCCUGUAUAUUUGAAAGAAGGUAUGCGUUUUAACGCCCUCCGAGUGAAGUAUGUUGUUUGUGUUAUCAUCUCCGUAGAGAAGUCCUGAAUCUGAAACGUUAAAUUUGCAAGUGAGGCAACUGUACUGUAAGUUCUAAUAAGGAGAUACUGGGAUGACUUAUUCCCAUAAAAAAUCAACCUAGGUCAAGUGGUUUUCUCGAAAGUACCUAGGAAGACAGGCUUCUAUCUUAAUACAGUUUUACAUGCCUUAUUCAGUCAAUUUCUGUUUUAUCAUAUACAGCUCGAUUCAUGGUUCAAAACUAUGUUGGCUUUAAAACAUUUUCAACUGGCUCUCGCAUAAUAGUUGUGAAUGAUUGCUAUGUUGAUUAAUUUGGGAUUUUAUGUUCAAUAGCUUGCGCAUUUGCAACACUGAAA